ACCGGAAGUAGAGCAGACAAGACAUGAGAGUUGACCAUAUGCUUUAAAAGAUUUAUCACUUUUCAAUAUAUAUUGAAAUUGAAAAACGAAAAAAAAUCAGGUUUACAGAUAUACUUAGUGAUUUUUUAACUGGAUUGAUUUGAAUGAAAUUAUGGAGCCUGACAGUACAGAAAUAGAGAGCUCAAAAUGUGAAGCAAUAAGUUCAGAAAAUGACAUGAUAACAGAAAAUGAAAUAGCAGUUCAACAGUCUCCUAAUGUUCAAAGUUCUCAAAUUUCAAGUUGCGACGAUGACCCAGGACAGACAGUAGAAAGUAGUACUGAUAUUAACAGGACAAUACAAAAUGUAAUAAACAUAACGUCCAGUCUGUGUGAUGAAACAGACAGCACAGAAGAGAUGCUACAGGAUGAAAAUGAAAGAUUAAAACAUUUACAUGUACAGAACAUUGAACCCGAGGAAUUAUUGAUAUCAGGAGAUCAACCUGGUAGCUCUAAAGUGGAAGAAGUAUUGAACUCUGAAGAAAAAGCAGAUAGUUCUGAAAUAUUGGAAAGUGUUAAAUUAACUGACAAAGAACUGGAGCAUGUUGAAGAAAGUGUUCUGAGAAAAUAUACGGGACUAGAUAUUGAUCUUGCUUCAGAAAACCAGUUGCUCAAAGAAGAUGUUAUCAAAUGUAGAUGUGAGUUAGAAAAAUAUGGCAAAAGACUUGCAGCUAUGGAAAGAAAGUUGGAAAAGGCAAAUAACUAUAAUGAGGAUCUUAGGACUCAAGUAGAUAAACUUAGUGCUGAACUUCACCAAUAUCGGAGAGAGAAACACAAAGUAUUUACAAACUCUGACACCCAAACUUCAGCAGAAGAUCUGAUGGAAGUUGAUGACACUCUUUAUGAUGUUAAUAUACCUGGCUCCAAACCAGAUGGUGACACAACUUUUGAUUGGAGUGCAGAGCCAGCGAUAGAUGCAGGGCAGACAGCAACAGAAGGUGACAGUUUGCAGAAUCCUGCUUUCCAUACUUCUAUAGGUGAUGGUCUGCAAACACCUGGAAUGUCUAUAGCAGACAGUUUAAAGGCCACAGCCGAAGCAGCCAUGAAUAUGACAGGAUUUGUGUUUGAUCAGCAGUCAGGACUAUACUAUGACUAUAGCACUGGCUAUUAUUAUAAUGCUGAAAAAGGUCUUUAUUAUGAUCCCAAGUCUGGAACCUAUUUCUACUUCAACAAAUCAACAGGCAAAUAUGAAUAUCACUCUAAAGUAGAUCUGUCUUACUACACUCCACAAACACAAGUAUAUCCAGAUAGAACACAUGGAUCUUAUCGCCAUGGUUAUUCAGAUAAACAUUCAGAUCGAUAUUCUGAACGUUCACCAGAGCAUGGUAGCAGUUCAUCUGGAAAGAAAAAGAAGAAAAAAGAUUCUAAAAGGAGAGAUUCAGAAGAUAAAGAGCCAAAAAGAAGGGAUUCAGAUGAAAAGGAACACAAAAAGAAAAAGAGGAAAAAGGACAAAAGCAGGGAUAAUUCUGGCGAUAGUGAUGAUGGAAUGAAAGAAAAAAAGAAAAGAAAGACAUCCACAGAAAAAGAUAAAAAUGAAAAAUCGGUAUCUGAGGGAGUAUUAAAUCAUGAUAAUGUAGUACUAGGAGAAUUGAAUUACAAAAAAUUAAAACAAGGUGACAAAAUGUUACAUGACGCAAUGAGAAAACCCAAAAUUUUAAAUGAAAAAAAUGCUAAUGUAAGUAUUUGUGAUGAUGUUCUCAAGGAAGAGAGAAGUCUUCCAAAAACUGGAUUAGUGCAGAAAGGUGGGAAAAAAAUAAAGCUAGUCUUAAAAAAAACAGUCGAGGAAAAAAAGGAUGAAAGUGAUACAUCAAAAGAUAUCAGUGACCUGGGUGAAAAAAAAGAUGUGCAAAUAGAAGACAACGAAAAAGAAAGUGGAAAAGACAAAAUUCAAGGAAAGGAAGACAGUGCACAGUCAGAUGAAAAAAAGGAAGAGUCAUCCUCAAAUGAAACAUGCAAUGAAAAACAAAAUAUAGAUCAAACUGUUGGCACUUCUGAUUCCCAAAAUAUUAUUCAAUACUCAGAUAAACAAAGUGAACUUUCAGUAAAGGGAAGUAAUUCUCAGGAAAUUGUAAAACAGAAUGAAAAUGUUUCAAUUCAAGAAAUGAAUGAGAAUGAAAAUGAGGUUGACCCAACAAAUCCAUUUCUGAUUAGUGGUUUACCAACUGAUGAAGGCAUGAUCAGUUACAAUAAAGUUAGUAUUGUCAAUAGUGCUGAAAUUCUAAGGAUAUGUUCAGAAUUAAACAAUGAAGACACUGAUGAUGAAAAUAAACCUGAAAAAGAUAAAGAGGCGGAUAAGGAAAAAUCUACAAACAAUGAGAAACCACCUGAAACUGAAGUAAAUACAGACAAUAGUGUAUCUAAAGAAUCAGAAACAACAGGGAAAAAAUCUGAUAACGGUGACAAUGUGACCAAUGAAAUGCUUGGUGUAGGGCAAGGUGUGCACGAUUCUGUGGAAAAGGUUACAAAAAUACCGGGAAAAGAAGGCAAUAUAUACAGUGAUGAUGAUGAUAUUAUGAUCAUUGAAAAGGAGGAGGAAAAAAUAAUGAUUGAGUUAGAUAGUGACUCUGAAGAUGAGAAGGAAAUAGGAGAAAAGAAAUCUGAUAAAGAUUCUUAUGAACUUGAGCCAGGAGAACUUGUAAAUGAAUCGUCUUCAUCUUCUUCUUCAUCAUCAUCCUCAUCAUCAUCGUCAUCAGAAAAUAAAGAAUUACCAUCUCAGCCGACAUGGAUGGAAAUUGUCCGAAAACCAGAACCUGCCUCUGAAGAAUCAUUAUUGAAGAAUGCUGCAUGUAUUCGAGCAAUGGUGACUGCUUCAGAUUUACUAGACGAGGGGAUGUUGUUUGUCGUGACAAUUAAAGGUGGUAUGAUUGGACGAGAAACUAGAAAUGAUCUUGUAAUACCAGUACCUGAUAUUAAUGUUAGUAAGAUACAUGCAGAAAUAAGAUAUAAUGCUAAACAACAGUUUUAUGCAAUACAAGAUAAAGGCAGCCAAAAUGGUACUUACAUCAACGAAGUAAGAAUAUCAGAGGCAAAACAUGUUAGUAAGUGGGUUCAAUUAAACCAUGGAGACACAUUACAGCUGAGUUGUACAAGAUUUGAUUUACACAUUCAUCCUGGAACAGACACAUGUGACAAAUGUGAACCUGGUGUGGUGGUUCAAAAGACAGUUCCAGCCAUGACAUCUACAACAGAUAGUAAGGACAAGAAGAAGCAACAUAGAGAACAACUCAAAAAUAUAAAGAAGAAAUAUGGAUUAACGAAUUCAUCAUACACAGACAACGCAGCAGCAAUAAAUAAUCCUGCCUAUCAAGACAAAGCCUCAGAAAGAAGAAGGACAGUUGGAAGUGACAAUCCUCACCAAGCAGAUGAUAAACCAUCCUCUGUUCAUAGAAGAAUAGAUGGAGACAACAAAGGCCACAAGAUGCUAAAGAAGUUAGGUUGGACAGAGGGUGAAAGUUUGGGUAAAGAUAAUGCAGGAAUUCAGGAUCCAAUCGAAGUUAACAUUCGUGUCGACAAGGCAGCUGGACUAGGUGCUUACGGCACUUCUAACUCAUUAUCCAUUGAAAAUAUUGGUAUUGUUAAUGCCAGAAGAAGAUUUGUGAAGACUCAAAUUAGAUAUUCACUAGGCACGCAAGAAAAAAAUAAAGAAAAACAAUUUGACCCCUUAAUGUGGGUUCAAGGUGAAACACAAGACAAUUCUUUAAUAAAUGAAGAGAGUAAUAAAGAUGAAUAAAAUAGAAUUAACAUGUGUUUGUUUAUUGAUUUAUUCUUUGUAUACAUUUGUUCUUCUCAUCAUUUUGUAUUAAAGAUAAUCAUGACUUGUCUUUUUCAUAUUGUUCUAUCAUAUAGAUUUAGAAUAUCAUUGCAUUACAUCUACCAUCAUAACAAGUUCAAUGACAUAUAUUUUAGACUUGGAACCAGUUGUUGAUUGCUGAGCAUUCUGAAGCACUACCAAGCUUAUAUCCAGAUUUUUUUAAAGAAAAGGGGGAGGGGGGGUCUUUUGGUCUUCACCUGGGAAAAUGGGUAUUUCAGCCCAAAAAUCAUCAACUUUUAUGUGAUUAAAAAAAAACAAUUCUGAAGAGAAAGGAGGAUCACACCUCCAUAACUUCCCAAAAUCUUGAUCUACCAAUAUGUUAAAUUGACAUUGUGAUGCAAACAAAAUUAAUGGUAUGCUGAAGUAUGUUGAGAAUCCUGCUAAGUGCAAUGAUUUACUUUAUUUCAUGGAGGAAUUUAUCAUUAUCUCCAUGUAUUCAUGCAACAAUGUUAAAUAGAUUUUCAAGUGCAAUAUUUACUCUGAAGAAAUUGACUGUUGACACAAUCUUGAUUUGUUAACAUUGUUAUAAUAGUUUGUGAUUGUGGUUUAUCGUGAAAGAAGGGUCUAAGCUGCAUAUAUUAACUGUAUGGUUUAAAAAAAACAAGACGCCUAAAUUGCAAGGCUAGGAAAUAUGAAAAGUAGACCUUCAUCAGAUUCAAUACAAAAUAGAGAAUGAACCUUUAAACGUAGGUAAAACUUCUCUCUAAAUCACAACAACAGGCUGAUCUUGUUUGUUGAUGAAUAUUUAACGGAAAAUAUCAAACACAGCUGAUUUAUAUGAUUUAUAUAUAAAUCAAUUAGACUAGACAUAAAGACAGCAUAAAAGACAUGCACCGGUACUGCAACUGUGGCCUGACAUUCACCAUGAAACUAUAUGAUAAUGAUAUACUGUUGGGUGUGACAAAUAUUGCUAAACAUCAGUAAAUGGACCAUCACAAUUGGCUGUAGACCAUCCCUCAGCUUGCAUUUCAGUGUCAAAAUUUCAUCUUUGCAUCCUACAUGUGUUUCAUUACAAUGGAAUGCUUACAUUUGAGUUUUCCUGCUCUUAAAGACUUAAAAUAUUAUGUACUAAACUGAUUUCUAUUGCCAUGGCACAUGAUUUACUAACAUAAAAGGAGGCCUAAACAGAAAUGCUGAUUCUAUCUUAUGUCUGAGAGUCAAAUUAUAUUAUUGGUGUACAGUACAGUGACUGUUGUCACCAUCCACAUUUCAACAAGUCUGAUUAGUUUCAAUUCAAAUAAGGGGCGGAUCUAGCCAUUUAUUAAGGGGGUGGGGGUUCCAACUAUAUGUCCCCAUUCAAAUGCAUUGAUCGUCAAAAAAAAGGGGUGGUUCCAACCCCCAGACUCCCCCCCCCUUUGCAUCCGCCACUGCAAUUGAUGCAGAAGUAUGUACUUAUGAUAGCAUUGAUAUAUGGGGAAAUGUUACAAUAGCAAUCAUACACUUCCAGUAGUAUUUAGACAACUUAUCAUAUAUGAUGUAUUAUGAUAUGGUGCUGUGUCAAGCGUAUAUUUUGGAUGCAUGUUGUCACUUUCAUUCUAGUUGGUAGGUAAUUCUGAAAUCCUGAGCCCAUGCAAAGUUAGAAUUUAAAUUGUUUAUACUUUGUAUUUUUUCUCUGUAGAAAGGAUGGAGAAAGGGAAAAAUGGUGUUAACACAAUAUAUCUACAUGAAACUUUAUAUGUUGGUUCAUGAUAUAAUACAUAGCAUUUAUAUUGACAGAGCUUGUUAAAAAUGUGAAUAAAAUAAAUUUACCUGUGUUACGUUUAUAUUCAUUUCCAUGAAUAUUUGUUUAUGUUGGUUAUUCAGCAAAUAAAUAAUAUAAAGAUGUG